UAAAAGCGGUCAGUGUGUCGCAAACCAGGUGUUUUUUAUGCGGGGGGAAGGUGAUGUCGUAAAGCGGACAGGGGAAGGGAGGGGUGAGGAGGGGUGAGGAGGAGGUGACUCGCGAGAGACUGCGUUUCAGACUCAGCGAGAGGAUCAUGGCGGAUGGCCCCAGGUGUAAGCGUAGAAAACAGGCGAACCCGAGGAGGAGCAGCGUGACAAACUUCAACAAUGGCUUGGAGGCCAGUUCAGACUCCGAUGAUGAGGACAAGCUACACAUUGUGGAGGAGGACAGCCUGCAGGAGCCUGAGGCCGCCACCACCACCGAUGCUGAUGGGACCACACUGCAGGACAGCCAUGACGCCACAACAACAGUAUUACCCCACAACGGCUCCUGGAACGGAGUGAAGGAAGAGUUUGUGUCAGAAGAGGAGGAGGAGGCUGCCGUGAAGGAUGCUCUAGUGGAGGAGAUCCUCCAGCAGGGAGACACACCCAUCAUCUAUCCUGAAGCCCCUGAAGACGACCAGAGUCCAGCCGAGACUGGAGGCACCGAUGAAAACGGCACACCAGAUUCCUUCUCCCAGCUGCAUACGUGCCCCUACUGCUCCCGGGGCUACAAACGCAACGCCUCACUAAAGGAGCACAUCAAGUAUCGCCACGAGACCAGUGAGGACAACUACAGCUGCUCGCACUGCAGUUACACCUUCACUUACCGCUCGCAGCUGGAGAGGCACAUGAGCCACCACAGGGGUACAAGGGAGCAGCGUCACGUUUCCCAGUCAACAGGAGGAUCAGGAGGACUAGGCGGAACUCGCAAAUUCAAGUGUACCGAAUGUUCCAAGGCCUUCAAAUACAAGCAUCACCUGAAGGAGCACUUGCGCAUUCACAGUGGUGAGAAACCAUACGAAUGUUCAAACUGCAAGAAGCGCUUCUCCCACUCGGGUUCCUACAGCUCCCACAUCAGUAGUAAGAAGUGUGUGGGUGCAGCAACCCCCAACGGUGUCGCUCAGCCCUCAAUUAAGUCGCCCCCACCCACCACACAGAGCACGCCUGUUGUAAUCGCCCCGGCCCGUGUGAUUCUUAAGGAAAAGGUUGAAAGUAAGCCCCUCCAGGAGCAGCUCCCUGUCACCCAGAUCAAAUCUGAACCUGUGGAAUAUGAGUGUAAAGCUGUGAUGGCGACACCAGCUACUUCAGCUGGUUUCAAUGGCGUGGUGAAUGGAGGAACUGCUCAGCCAGCUGUGGUCCCAGCCGCAACGCUGCCUCAGGGUGUGGCUAUGGUCGUGCCCACCGUGGGUCUGAUGUCGCCUGUCAGCAUCAAUCUGAAUGACUUGCAGAAUGUGCUCAAGGUGGCAAUGGAUGGGAAUGUACUAAGGCAGGUGCUGGGUACAGCCAACGGCGUGGUGACACAGGGGAAGCAGGGAAUUGUAAUCCCUACACCACUUGUUGUCAAAAACAACCCCCCUCCCGCUGUUGCCUCUGCUGCAGCUACUACCCCCUCCAGAACAGAUAACCCACCAACCCCAGAGGCGACUGACCUAACCAUCGUCAAGAAAGAGCCACAACCAGUGCUUGCCGUAGAGACAGAGGAAGCCACAAAGACCGAAAUGGAAACUGUUAAAACUUCAGUUACUGAAAUAGCUCAGAUGCCAAAAGCCAGCAGCACCAGUACAUGUUUACUAUGCGACGACUGUCCUGACAACCUGGAGGCGUUGCACCUCCUCCAGCAUCGCAAAGCAGCCAAUGGGGAGGCCGUCGACUCUGCAGCCCUGGACCCUUCGUUUGCUGCCUUGCUGAGUGAGGCUGGGGUGACGCUGGAGGAGCCACCUGUGGAUGACCUCCUCUCACUCCUCAAGACAUACUUCGCCUCCAAUGCCAACCCCAGUGAGGAGGAGCUGACAAAAAUCUCAGAGUCCAUCAGUAUUCCUGUGGAUGUGGUCAAAAAGUGGUUUGCCAAGAUGAACUGCGGGAAAAAUGUGUGUAAACCCGACAGUGACGCUAUAGUGGUUUCCAAAAAGACUGAAACCACAGUUUCUAUCUCAGUGGACUCCUCAAAUCAGAAUGGAAAGGAAGAAGAUGAUCCCCUGCAGGAAGCAACCAACAAAGCCUCAUCCGACUCUGGAAGCACUUCUUCAUCAGACUCCACAUCACUGAACCUAAGCACCGGGGACCUUGUCAUCAUUAAAAGUGAGCCAGAAGACAUGGAGGCCCAAGACACACAGGCAGAGCCACUUGACCUCUCCCUUCCCAAACAUAUCACAGCAGAGUUGGAAGCCAAAACAACUACGCCUCCCGCCAAACAGCAGGAACAGCCCCUGAACCUGACCUGUCUGAGGAAGGAGCAGCUUGGGGGAAGAGCGAUCUACGUCACCACACCUCAGACCGGAAGACCUGUCAACAUCGUCACUGCCGCACAGCUGCCCACAUUAGUGGCCAUCGCUGGUCAGGGCACGAUGGGCUGUCUCAGCGCCAUCAACACCACAGCAAAGCGAACCAUCCUCAUCCCCCAGCUCACCUACACCUAUGCCACUACCACCGGCAACGCCACAGGAGCAAAGACUGUUGUACUCAAUGGGCAUAAGCAGGAGAAGCAUGUGGACAGUAGCUCUAAUGACACGUCCCUUGUGGAGGAGCAGAAUGAUGCAGAAUCAGCAGCUCUGAUGAAGAAGCGACGGAUAGAAAAUGGUGUCUACCCCUGUGAUCUUUGCUCUAAGGUCUUCCAGAAGGGCAGCUCCCUGCUCAGGCACAAAUACGAACACACAGGAAAACGCCCGCACGAGUGCAACGUCUGCAAGAAGGCCUUCAAACAUAAGCACCACCUGAUUGAGCACUCGAGGCUGCACUCUGGUGAGAAACCCUACCAGUGUGACAAGUGUGGGAAGCGUUUCUCUCACUCUGGCUCCUACUCCCAGCACAUGAACCACCGUUACUCCUACUGCAAGAAGGAUGGGUCGAGCUUAGGCUCUGGAUCUGGCUCAGGGCCUCGCGGCGUUCCGUCUGAGCUUGCCAGCUCUGGUACCGGGCUGCAGUCAGAUAGCCGGACCACGACCCCGCCCUCCCAACUGGACUCGGAUGAAAGGGAGAGCGAGGAAGAGGAGGACGAUGAGGCCAUUUGUAUGGACGACAUCCGUGUUGUACAGGUGGACGACGGUGAGUGCGAGAUCUAUGAAGGUAACUUUGACGACGACGACGAUGAUGACGAUGAUGACGAAGAGAGAGAGGAGAUCACAGAGGAAGAGAUGGUAAGAGAGGAAGAGGCAGAAGGAGAGAAGAUGGAGGAGGAGCUUGUGUGUGAUGUGGUGGAGAUCGAGCUGGGAGACCAUCACAUGGAGGAUGCAGAGAUGGAGGAAAGAAACGAAGAAAAGGAGAAACCGGCAGGUGUGGAAACGGAGGAAAUGAAAGACUGUGAAGCAAAUACAGACAAAAGCAUCAGGGAGGGGUCCGACAGCAGCGAACCCACAGAGGAAGUGGUGACAAACGCCAAAUAAAAGUUAGGAGAACCUCCUCAGGACAGUUUGAAUGUGUUGGUCACUGAAGUCGAAUUCAUUAUGACGAAACCACAUCUUGCCAUCAGAAGAAAGUCCUGGCGGUUCCCUGAGUUUAACGGUCCACUACUGUGUACAAAAUCCAGGUGUGCCUGAACUUGACAAAAGAAAAAACAAAACAGUGACUUUUUCAUGUGGAAAUUAAAUAUCAGUGUUAAAAUUGUUUAUAGAAAUACAGAUUUUAAAGCAAAACUUACCCAUUGUUACCAGGACAUCCCAGGUUGGUUUGUUUUUAUUUGUCAGUGUUACUAAUCUUGUUCUUGUUUGAGACAUUUCAACCUAUAAAGAUGAGAAAAUUUCUAUACCUUUUUAUUGCCAAUGAAGUUUGCUAAAUCAGUAUUUUAUUGAGUUCUACGAACAAAAACCUCUGCACUACAGUGUAUUCCUGGUUUACCUAUGGAUACAUGCCUCAUGCAUCGUAUGCCCUUCAGUGUUAUAUAUGUACACUAGCGACCGAGAUGUUGUUGUGUUAGUGUUAGUCUUGGCUAGCUAGCUUUACUUUGGUUUUCAGUUUGACUGUUAGCCUUAAGGAAAAUAAAGUAUUCUUGGGGAGGGUUGUGGGUGGGACGGGGAGUCCAGGGUGAGAACCUGGCUUCUGAAUGCCAUAACCAAAUCUGUCCUAUCAGGGAAGGUAGAGUCACGACCUCAAAGCCAGCAUCAGGCGCCUACGUUUUGCAACCCGGCCUAGCGUAAACAGGUGCAGUCUCCAGGUGAAGCAGACUCCACCCAACAAGCGGCAGUUCUUACCAAGCUUCUCCUUAUUUCGAUCGACUCUAGUUCUGUCCUUGUUCAGUGUUAUUAGCUUAGGUAUGAAGUCAUGCUGUAUGUGAAAGAACAGGGCUGUUUCCUGCUCCACCCCAAUGCCUCCAGCCUUAUGCAAGACCUGUGUACUGUUUAAAGUGCCAUUGAACAGUAUUAUCAUUUCUUCUUCACACAUGUAGCCAUUGUUACGUCCCUCUCUUACUUACACAAGCCUCGUGUUGACUAAUGUUUGUUUACUCUCACAGAACAGCAGCGGUAUUUAAAAGAGUUCCUGGGAAAUUAAUGCAGGUAUUUAACAGUAUUUGAGCCACACAUGAAAGUUAGGAAACAGUAUUAGGGCUAUACUAAAAAUUAUGUUGCUUACCAACCGAUAAAUUGAUUAGCAUUUUGCGCAAAAAAUUACAAACAAUUCAAUGUAGUUUUUUUUUUUUUCCUGAUAUGAAUCGCUUAUCAACUGUUCUGUCAACUAAUGGACUUGAUCGCUUCACCUCUAUACA